UGAUAAAAUUCAAAAUUGAAACGCAAAAUAUUUGAAAAUUUUUCUAUCUUCAAAUCUUAGACGAUUUAGAAUUAAAAUAGUCUAAUAUUCAAAUGGAAUUACUUUUUAAGUUACAGUAAUUUGUGUUGUUCAUUUUCAGCAGUUGAAAUCGAAAUGUAAAACGUUCCAUCCAUAAAAUUCCGAUGAAGAAUUGCUCAAGUAUGAAAAGUUCGACUGAAACGAAGACAGAAAAUAACCAAACUGUGAAAUGGCCGAUCGUUUAUCAUUCCAAGUACAACGUGAAAUUUUUUGGUUUCGAGAAAUUACAUCCAUUCGAUGCAUCAAAAUGGGGAAAUGUAAUCGAGUAUUUGAAGCAAGAAAAAUUGUUGACCAAUGAAAGUCUUAAUAUUCCGGAGGAAAUCCAGAAAGAUGAGUUAUUGAAGAUUCAUACUAAGAAAUAUUUGAACAGUUUGAAUUGGAGUUUCAGAGUAGCUGCUGUUGCUGAAAUGCCCAUAUUGGCUUUUUUACCAAAUAUUAUGCUUCAGAGAAUGUACCUACAAUGUAUGAGAUACCAAGUCGGUGGCAGUGUGCUUGCUAGUAAGUUAGCCAUGAAACACGGUUGGGCGAUAAAUAUUGGCGGAGGAUUUCAUCAUUGUUCCAAAGGAAGAGGUGGUGGAUUCUGUCCUUAUGCCGAUAUAACCAUUCUUAUUCAUAGUCUUUUCGAAGAUUCUUGUUUAAAAGUUCAAAAAGCAAUGAUUAUUGAUUUAGAUGCUCAUCAAGGAAAUGGACACGAGAGAGAUUUCAAAGAAGACGAAAGGGUUUUUAUUUUGGACGCGUAUAAUGUGAAUAUUUAUCCAAACGAUAAAAUUGCCGAAGAAGGAAUCAAUCGUGCUGUCGAAUUGAGUAAUUAUACGGCCGAUAGUGAAUACUUACCCUUAAUUGAAAAAUAUAUUGAAAAAUCACUGAACAAGUUUCAUCCAGACAUAAUCGUUUAUAAUGCUGGGACCGAUAUUCUAGAAGGUGAUCCUCUUGGAAAACUUUGCGUUACUGCUAACGGAAUCAUCGAAAGAGAUAAAAUAGUUUUUAUGAAAGCUCGAGAACGAAGAAUACCCAUCGUGAUGCUGACAAGCGGCGGAUAUUUGAAAUGUACAGCCAAAAUAAUUGCCGAUUCAAUACUCAACUUAGCCGAUCUAGGAUUAAUUAGUUCUUAUUAAAAUGUUGCCAUUAUCAAUAUAAGGUUGUUAUUUAUCUACUACUCGUGUUGAAAUAAUUGUAGUAAUCGUCUGUUGGAAUGUUCGUUAAAGGUUCUUGGUUUAUUAUACGGUUUCUGUAUUUUUGCUCUUUGGCUAGUAAGAUGUUUUGGAGCUGUCUUUGAUAUUCGGCGUCUCUAAAAAAAAUUAUUUCAAGUUCAGUUAUUUUCACAAGAACUUUAAACAAUAAAUAUGUUACCAUACCUGUAA